GCGCGCACCCGGAAGACGAAGACAGGAUGCGAGGUCUUCAACUGCCGGACACAUCAUCCAUAUGCUCGCCUCCAAACACGUUUUCAUGUGAAUUUCGGUGUUUUUGACGCUCUUAUCAUUUGCCACAAUGUUAUCGUUUGAUUGCCUCGACGAGGUGCGUCGCAUGAACAAGAGGCAGCUUUAUUACCAGGUGCUGAACUUUGGCAUGAUAGUUUCCUCUGCUUUGAUGAUCUGGAAAGGUCUCAUGGUGGUCACUGGCAGUGAGAGUCCCAUCGUUGUGGUUCUCAGUGGCAGCAUGGAGCCAGCAUUCCACAGAGGAGACCUCCUCUUCCUCACCAACCGGGUGGAGGAUCCCAUCCGAGUGGGAGAAAUCGUUGUCUUCAGGAUAGAAGGCCGAGAGAUCCCAAUAGUACACAGAGUGAUAAAAGUUCAUGAAAAGGAAAAUGGAGACAUUAAGUUCUUGACCAAAGGCGACAAUAAUGCAGUGGAUGACCGAGGUCUGUACAAGCCGGGACAACACUGGCUGGUGAAGAAGGACGUGGUGGGACGAGCGCGGGGGUUUGUGCCAUAUAUUGGAAUUGUCACAAUCCUAAUGAACGACUACCCCAAGUUCAAAUACGCCGUUCUCUUCAUGCUGGGCCUCUUUGUGUUAGUCCAUCGAGAGUGAAAAUCUACGUCCAGGGACGAGAGAGAAAAAUAAAGUCACGACGCCUUCAACACAGCUAUUGAGUUCCACUCUGUCCAACUUUUCUUUUUGUACCAUUUGUUUGAGCAUUUUGUAGGAAUGGGAAUAGCUUUACAAAUAUUUUUGUGAGGGAACAUGGCUAUUAUCAAUAGUAUUUUGAAGUGAAGCGUUCUUAAACACGGUUUAGGCACUGUUUUUUUUGUUCUUGUCUACUUAUUGUGUUUGAAAAAAACAGAUGUGAAGUAUUUUAUGACAACUAAAUAUGAUCGUUAUUAAAUAUGGAAUCUGGUUACCAUC